AUGGCGGCAAAGUUCUUCCUCCUUGCCCUUCUGGCUCUGUCGUUUUCCCGUGCCCGUGCCUCGGACCCGAGCCAGCUCCAGGAUUUCUGUGUCGCUGACAGGACAUCCCAAGUUUUUGUCAAUGGAUUUGCAUGCAAGGACCCGAAGACUGCCGUGGUAGAAGACUUUCACUUCUCGGGCCUUCACAUGGCCGGGAACGCGAGCAACAAGCAAGGCUCCGCUGUGACGGCGGUUAAUGUGGCGCAUAUUGCUGGGCUCAACACUUUGGGCAUCUCCUUGGCUCGGGUUGAUUAUGCUCAAUAUGGUCAAAACCCACCCCACAUCCACCCCGUGCAUCCGAGAUUUUGA